AUGGAUGUAAAAGUCGCUGAACAACCAUACAAACCAACAAAUACCCCGAUCGUUGAGGUUGUUAAUAUCAACAACUUGGAUAUCUACACUGAGACCUGGUCUGUUCCCAAUAAUGGAGAAGUGAAAGGCAUUGUGUUGGUUAUGCACGGUUUUGCUGAGUUUUCAAACCUCUACUACACUAUCUUGGACCUCUUGUCUACUAAUGGCUACGAGUGUUUGUUUUUUGAUCAACGAGGUGCAGGUAGGACCUCUGUUGGUAAAUUCAAGGGUUUGACAAAUGAGGAGCUUGUGAUGAAGGAUAUUGACAGGUUAAUUGAGGUGAAAAUUUUGCCCAGAUUGGAGGCUAAAGCCAUCAAGAACGACAACUUCUACUUGGUUGGGCACUCCAUGGGAGGUGGCAUUGCGUUAAACUACUUGGUUCUCGGAACAUACAAGGACAAGGUCAACGGCGUUGUUGUGAGUGGGCCCCUAAUCCGCUUGCAUCCCAAGGUGGAUCCUAAUUUUGUGCUCAAGCUUGGGUUGAAGGUGCUUCCAGGCUUGCUUCCCACGCUCCAGAUCGACUCCAAAUUGGACAAGGAGCUCGCGACGUCGUGCGAAGCGUGGCAAAAGUACCUCUUUGAGGAGAGCUUGUCCAAUCCAGUGGGCACUGUGAGGCAGUUCGCCGACAUGUUCGAGAGGGGCCGGAGGUUGCUCGACCAGGAGUUCUAUGCCAGCCAGAAGCUCACGCCCCAGCAGCUCAGCGAAAAGGCCAUUUUGAUUGUGCAUGGCGAGAACGAUGAGGUGAACGACCCCAAGGCCUCGGAGGACUUCAUGAGGGUGUGUCCCAUUGCCGACAAGAAGCUCGUGCUCUACCCGCACGCACGCCACUCGCUUUUCAUCGAGGUCGAGACGGUUUUCUCCAGCCUCAGUGCUGACGUUCUCGGCUGGCUUGCCGCUCACUAG